UUUCAUUGUUGUUAACCGAAAACAAGUCAAAAGUCUUAAGGCUUUCUUGGGUGACAACUACUUUUGCUUUCUCUGGAAUGUUUUCAAAAGAAAGCAAGUCUCAAGCAAGAGAGACUUUGAGGGGGUUACAUAAAGAAUAGGUAGAGGUGGGUUUUGUGGGAGCAAAGAAGCCUGGUGACUAAUGCAAAAAAUGAAGAACAUUGGGAGCAGUGGAAGACUGUCAACUGAGGAGAGUGAAGAUGAGGAUAUCUCAAGGUUGGCCAUAUCUACAUUCCAAGCUAAAGAGGAAGAGAUUGAGAGGAGGAAGAUGGCAGUGAAGGAGAAAGUUGAACUUCAGUUGGGACGUGCCGAAGAAGAAUCUAGGCGCUUGGCACAGAUUUGGGAUGAGCUGGAAGUACUUACAGAUCCUAUGAGAAAAGAAGUGGCAGCUGUACGUAAGAAGAUUGACAUGGCUAACAGGGAUCUAAAGCCGCUGGGGCAGAGCUGCCAGAAAAAAGAGAAAGAAUAUAAAGAAGCCCUGGAAGCUUUCCAAGAAAAGAACAAAGAAAAAACUCAGCUAAUAGCCACAUUAAUGGAGUUGCUGACAGAGAGUGAGAAACUAAGGAUGAAGAAACUUGAGGAGCUGAGCAAGAAUGUAGAAUCCAGAGAGUGAGAAACUGAGGAUGAAGAAACUUGAGAAGCUGAGCAAGAAUGUAGAAUCCAUAAACUAAGAUUUACAAUACUAAUGGGUGGUUUUGCUUGUGAGUCUGUACUAGAUUAAUUUCCAGAAUAGUUGGUGUUGAUCUACCUUAAAAAUUUCUUGUACUACGAGAAUUACAUCAUGCCAUGCCUGAAUAGGGUCUGAUAAGCACUGAAACAGUCAUGCAAUAAAAUAAUGUCAUUAUGCAGAUACACGUUAUUGUUACCUCGAAAUGUUUCCCUAUGCAUGUUAUGGUCUUUUCAAACCAA